AUGACGGUCGCAACCACAACCGAAACCGUCCCGGGGACGGUACUGGCGGCACAGGAUGUGAACGUCAAGAACGCAUCGGCCGCGAGUGUCAGCGAUCUGAACAACAACUUCAACGGCAUGGGCGAUAGCAAGGGGCUCACGGACAAGGAUCUGGACGACUAUCUGCACCAUUACAACAAAUGGGAACAGAGCCGAUUCGGGCGUGCCCUGCAGCAAUGGAUCGCGAACCAUCUCGGUCUAAAGUUUGAUGCCGAAAUCAAGUGGAAAAAUGUGUUGAUGAUCGGUGGACUGCAUCUGACCACGGUGGUGCUGUUCUUCAAAUACGUCUGGUACUCAACGCUAACGACGUGGCUGUGGGGCAUUUUCGUGGGUGGCUGUGCAGGAUUCGGCGUAACGGGCGGUGCCCACCGGCUCUGGACGCACCGUGCGUACAAGGCGAAGCUGCCGCUGCGUAUCAUCCUGAUGUGCUGCUACUGCCUGUCCGGCCAGAACAGUCUGUUCGACUGGGUGCGGGACCAUCGCAUCCAUCACAAGUACUCGGAAACGGAUGCCGAUCCGCACAACUCGAACCGUGGCUUCUUCUACGCCCACGUCGGCUGGCUGCUGAUCCGGAAGCAUCCGGAGUGCAUCAAGAAGGGCCGGCUGAUCGAUAUGUCGGACGUGCUGGCCGAUCCGGUGAUACAGUUCCAUCAGCGCUACUUCAUGGGGCUGAAGAUACUGUUCACGUUCAUCGUGCCGUCGAUGGUUCCGUGGCUGUUCCUGGGCGAACCGCUGUACCUGUCCUUCCUCGCCAACUGUCUGCUGCGCUACGUGCUGACACUGAACUUUACCUGGCUGGUUAACAGUGCGGCACACAUCUACGGCAACAAACCGUACGAUAGCCGUAUCCGACCCGCGGAAAACAGAGCCGUAUCGAUCGUGUCGAUGGGUGAAGGAUGGCACAACUACCACCACGUGUUCCCGUGGGACUACAAGGCAGCGGAGCUCGGCAACUACUCGGUGAAUGUGACCACCUUCUGGCUGGACCUGUUCUCCAAGAUUGGCUGGGCGUACGAUCUGAAGGAACCGUCCAAGGAUCUCAUCCGUCGGACGUUGGAAAAAUACGGGGAUGGUACACACAUUACGACACCGAUCGGACAUCUGAAGGAGGUUCCCGAGCAGGAAUCGACCAAGAGCAGAUAA